CGAGCAACGAGUUCACAGACAUUGAACAGUUCUGAGUUCUUAUCGAUGCAUGACCGGAAAGGCAUACAUAUACACGCUUUGGCUCAAGUGUGUAUAUUUAAUUAACCAAAGUCAAGUCAAGAGAAAGGAUUCGGUUCAUUGUACUCCGUAUGAUGCCUUUGCCGGAGCAUAAGAGGAACCCAUCCGUAGUACCCUCAUCCACAACAAAAUCAACACUGCUACUAUCCACGGUCGUUUGAUGAGUACAAAAGCGCGAUGGCUGUUGGCCUUCCAAUUGUUUUUGGCUGCCACGAUUAUUCAGGUCCAUGCCCUUACCCCACCUGGGUUCACAAACAUUGACUGUGGCUUCGUAGACGGCGAGAGUUACACGGACAGCACAACAAAUUUAACAUACGUACCUGAUCAUGAAUUCGUUGAAGGCGGCACACACCAUGAAGUUGUGCCAAAGCUAAUUAGUGGAUCCACCGAUGAGCAAGAGAAAACCUUGAGAAGCUUCCCUGAUGGCCAACGCAACUGUUACACAAUACCGUCCACUAGUGGUAAGAAGUAUCUCAUCAGAACAACCUUCACUUACGGAAACUACGAUGGACUCAGGUCGUCAGAGAACGGUUCCUUAUUUCUGUUUGGACUCCACAUCGGCGUCAACUUCUGGACAACGGUGAACUUGACAAAACAGGACUCAUCAGACACUAUCUGGAAAGAGGUGCUCACGGUUGCUCCGGACGAGUUCAUAUAUGUGUGCCUGGUAAACUUUGGAUCAGGAACCCCUUUCAUUUCUGCAUUGGAGUUGCGGCAAUUGGAUGAUCCAAUGUACCCAUUCCUGAAUCUUUUUGUGUCUGUAAGCUACUUUACUCGAAUGAGAUUUGGGGCAGUCGAUGAUUUCAUCACAAGAUAUCCAACUGAUCUCUUUGAUCGUUUCUGGGAAGCAGCCCAAUGCUACUCCUAUCCCUGGCUCAACCUGACCACCAACCAAACAGUGAACAAGCUCCCAGGAAAUGACAACUUCCAGGUGCCAACACUCAUCGUCCAGAAGGCAUCCACCAUCAACAGCGGUUUUUCAUGGCUCAACAUCAGCAUAACGGCCGGUGAUAACCUGAAUGGCCAGAGCCUGGAGCUUCUCCCGAUCUUCCACUUUGCUGAGAUAGAAAAGAACCGCCCAAAUCGGACGUUCCAAAUCUAUAGUGAUGGCAACGAGCUGCACCAGGCCUUCUCACCGUCCUACUUGCAGGUGGACAGCGUGUACCUGAGGGACCGGUACCUACAUGAGUCAGGUACAACUUUCACCCUGUGCAAGACAAACAGCUCGGAGCUCCCACCACUCAUCAACGCCUUUGAGGCUUACUCGCUUGUUCGGAUGGAAAACCUCACCACUGACACCAUCGAUGUCAGUUCCAUGAAACAAGUAAAGACGCAGUACAAUGUGCAACGAAGAAGUUGGAAUGGAGAUCCAUGUUCUCCAAAAGAGUAUACCUGGGAAGGUGUGAAAUGCAACUACUAUGAUGGCAAACAGAAUCCCAGGAUCAUCCUAGUGAAUUUAUCUGCAAGCAGACUGAGUGGUUGGAUAAAUCCAUCGUUCAGAAACAUGUCGCUGGAAAUAUUGGAUCUAUCACACAACAACUUGUCAGGCACUAUUCCAUAUAAUCAAGUAAACUCACUGAAAUCUCUAAAUCUAUCAUAUAACCAGCUCAUUGGAUCGGUUCCUGACUAUCUUUUCAAAAGAUAUAAAGCUGGUUUGCUUGAACUAAGAUUAGAAGGAAAUCCCAUGUGCUCAAAUAUAAGUGAAAGCUACUGUGCCAUGCAAGCAGAUAAGGCGAAGAAGAAUACAGCAACAUUGCUCAUUGCAGUGAUAGUUCCUGUUGUAGCUAUUACACUUAUGUUAUUUCUAUGGAUGCUCUGCUGUAAAGGAAAACCAAAAGAACAUGAUGAUUAUGAUAUGUAUGAAGAGGAAAAUCCCCUGCAUAGCGACACCAGAAGAUUCACAUAUACAGAGUUGAGGACUAUAACGAACAACUUCCAGUCUAUCAUUGGAAAUGGAGGAUUUGGUACAGUUUAUCAUGGCAUAUUGGGGAAUGGAGAGGAAGUCGCAGUCAAGGUGCUUCGGGAGACAUCUAGAGCCCUAUCAAAGGACUUCCUCCCUGAGGUGCAAACAUUGUCAAAAGUUCAUCACAAGAAUCUCGUCACAUUUUUAGGAUAUUGCCUAAACAAGAAAUGCCUUGCCCUUGUGUACGAUUUCAUGUCUAGAGGAAACUUACAAGAAGUUUUAAGAGGAGGACAAGACUACAGUUUGAGCUGGGAAGAGCGACUUCAUAUUGCACUUGAUGCAGCACAAGGACUGGAGUAUCUACAUGAAUCAUGCACCCCAGCAAUUGUUCACAGAGAUGUAAAAACGGCAAACAUACUUCUCGAUGAGAAUCUUGUGGCCAUGAUAUCUGACUUUGGUCUUUCACGAUCUUACACUCCCGCACACACACACAUAUCAACUAUUGCUGCCGGUACUGUUGGCUACCUUGACCCAGAGUACCAUGCUACUUUCCAACUCACUGUGAAAGCAGAUGUCUACAGUUUUGGCAUUGUCCUUCUAGAGAUCAUUACCGGCCAACCUUCGGUUUUAGUGGACCCAGAACCAGUGCAUCUACCAAACUGGGUACGCCAAAAGAUUGCUAGAGGAAGCAUUCAUGAUGCUGUGGACAGUAGACUGAUGCAUCAGUAUGAUGCCACUUCUGUACAGAGUGUCAUAGACCUUGCCAUGAACUGUGUGGGAAAUGUGUCCAUUGAUAGGCCGAGCAUGACCGAAAUUGUUAUCAAGCUCAAAGAGUGCUUACUGGCAGGUACAGGUAAAAAGCAACUGGUGUCUGGCUCCUAUAAACAGAAGGACGCCAUGGACGCUGGCAUUGCAAGGCAGUUCCAGCUGCUGAUUUCUGGAGUUCCAAUAGUAAGUAACGAGUGUAUAUCAGGUGGCAUCACAGAAUUAAGUUAUUAUUCAGGAAGGUGAGAAGAAAUGCUUAAUAUGUUAUUGUUGCAUCUGCUUGGGCAAAAAAAUGAUGAUCUGCAUAAAAGUGGCAUCGCUUUGGGGCAGUUUUCAUGCAUAUAUUGACCUCCUUAAUUCCUUUGUCAUUUUUUUCUUGUUUUACUAGCUCAACCGUGGAACAAGUUGGUGCCUGAAUUGGCACUCUACUCCUCCUAAGUUGUAAUAAGUUCCAAACCAUCUAAAACGAUGUCGUCUUUCGGUUUCCUCUAA